AUGUCCUCCCGCAGCCCCCGGCCCCCGCCCCGCCGCUGCCGCCGCCGCCCGCCGCGCCCCUCCUGCUGCUGCUGCUGCUGCCGCCGCUCACACCUCAACGAAGACACCGGCCGCUUCGUGCUGCUGGCGGCGCUCAUCGGCCUCUACCUGGUGGCGGGCGCCACGGUCUUCUCUGCGCUCGAGAGCCCCGGCGAGGCGGAGGCGCGGGCGCGCUGGGGCGCCACGCUGCGCAACUUCAGCGCGGCGCACGGCGUGGCCGAGCCGGAGCUGCGCGCCUUCCUCCGGCACUACGAGGCCGCGCUGGCCGCCGGCGUCCGUGCCGACGCGCUGCGCCCGCGCUGGGACUUCCCCGGCGCCUUCUACUUCGUGGGCACCGUGGUGUCGACCAUAGGUUUCGGCAUGACCACCCCCGCGACGGUGGGCGGAAAGGCCUUCCUCAUCGCCUACGGGCUGUUCGGCUGCGCCGGGACCAUCCUGUUCUUCAACCUCUUCCUGGAGCGCAUCAUCUCGCUGCUGGCCUUCAUCAUGCGCGCCUGCCGGGAGCACCAGCUCCGUCGCAGCGGCCUGCUGCCCGCCCCCUUCCGCCGCGACAGCCUGGCGGGCUGGAAGCCCUCGGUGUACCACGUGCUGCUCAUCCUGGGCCUGUUCGCCGUGCUGCUGUCGUGCUGCGCCUCGGCCAUGUACACCAGCGUGGAGGGCUGGGACUACGUGGACUCGCUCUACUUCUGCUUCGUCACCUUCAGCACCAUCGGCUUCGGGGACCUGGUGAGCAGCCAGCGCGCCGCCUACCGGAACCAGGGACUCUACCGCCUGGGCAACUUCCUCUUCAUCCUGCUGGGCGUGUGCUGCAUCUACUCGCUCUUCAACGUCAUCUCCAUCCUCAUCAAGCAGGUGCUCAACUGGAUGCUGCGCAAGCUGAGCUGCCGCUGCUGCGCGCGCUGCUGCCCGGCGCCCGGCGCGCCCCUGGCCCGGCGCAACGCCAUCACCCCGGGCUCCCGGCUGCGCCGCCGCCUGGCCGCGCUCGGCGCCGACCCCGCGGCGCGCGACGGCGACGCGGAAGGUCGCCGCCUGUCCGGGGAGCUCAUCUCCAUGCGCGACCUCACCGCCUCCAACAAGGUGUCGCUGGCGCUGCUGCAGAAGCAGCUGUCCGAGACGGCCAACGGCUACCCGCGCGGCGUGUGCGCCAGCGCGCGCCAGAACGGCUUCUCGGGCGGCGUGGGCGCGCUGGGCAUCAUGAACAACCGGCUGGCGGAGACCAGCGCCUCCAGGUAG